CCACCCCAACCCAGUGUCAGCAGCCUGGUGCCUCGGUGAGAAAGUUCCAUUGCAAGAGGCCCUAGGGGCUCUAUCAUUUCCGCCUUUCACCCUGUCUGGGUUGCCAGCAAAUCCCAGGGGCCCUCUGAGACUUCGCCUGGGUCUGGUCCCUCCAGAAGCUUCAAAGAUGAACUCCUGCAUCAUCGUGAUGAGGCUGCUGCUGUCCGGGCCUUUUCUCUUUGCCGCCGCCUGGAGCUACAACCUGGACGUGCGGCACGUACAGCGCUUCUCCUUCCCACUCGCCGGCAGGCACUUUGGGUACCGUGUCCUGCAGGUUGGAAAUGGGGUUUUCGUGGGAGCUCCAGGUGAGGGGAACAGCAUGGGAAGCCUCUAUCAGUGUCAGCCAGACAAUGGACAAUGCGUGCAAGUCACACCGAGUGGUUCCAACUAUACCUCCAAGUACUUGGGAAUGACCUUGGCGACAGAUCCCACAACUAACAGUCUUUUGGCCUGUGACCCUGGGCUGUCUCGGACAUGUGAUCAGAACAUCUAUCUAAGUGGCCUGUGUUACCUCUUCCACCAGGGCCUGGGGGGUCCUGUGCUGCAAGGGCGCCCUGGUUAUCAGGAAUGUAUAAAGGGCAACGUGGACUUGGUAUUUCUGUUUGAUGGAUCAAACAGCUUGAGUCCCGAUGAAUUUCGGAAAAUCGUGGACUUCAUGAAGGAUGUGAUGAAGAAACUCAGCAACACUUCCUACCAGUUUGCUGCUGUUCAGUUUUCCACAACCUACCAUACAGAAUUUACUUUCUUGGAUUAUGCCAAACAGAAGAACCCGGAUGUUCUGCUGAAUAAUGUCCAACACAUGCGCGAGUUGACCAACACCUUUGGUGCCAUCAACUAUGUUGCGAGUCACGUGUUCCAGCAAAAGCUGGGGGCCCGUCCAGAUGCCACAAAAGUGCUAAUCAUCAUCACGGACGGGGAAGCCACCGACGGAAAGGACAUCAGCUCCGCCAAGGACAUCAUCCGCUACAUCAUUGGGGUCGGAAAGCAUUUUGACAACACGAAAAGUCAAGAAACACUUCACCAGUUUGCCUCAAAACCCGUGGAGGAGUUUGUAAAGAUUCUGGACACAUUUGAGAAGCUGAAAGAUCUAUUCACCGAGCUUCAAAAAAAGAUCUAUGACAUUGAGGGCACAAGCAAACAGGACCUGACAUCCUUCUACAUGGAGCUGUCCUCCAGCGGGAUCAGCGCGGACCUCAGCAAGGGCCACGGCAUCGUAGGGGCUGUCGGAGCCGAGGACUGGGCUGGGGGCUUCCUCGACCUGAAGGCAGACCUGCAGGGGGAUACAUUUGUUGGGAAUGCACCACUGACACCAGAAGUGAGGGCGGGAUAUUUGGGUUACACAGUGACCUGGCUGCCCGCCCGAGGGACCAUGUCACUGCUGGCAGCUGGAGCCCCCCGGUACCAGCAUGUGGGGCGGGUGCUGCUGUUCCAAAAACCAGAGGGCAAAGGACCCUGGAGGCAGAUCCAGAAAAUAGAUGGGACCCAGAUUGGCUCUUAUUUUGGAGGCGAGCUGUGUGGUGUCGACCUGAACCAAGAUGGGGAGACAGAGCUGCUACUGAUUGGAGUCCCCCUGUUCUAUGGGGAGCAGAGAGGAGGCCGGGUAUUCGUUUACCAGAGAGAACAGGUGGAGUUCCAAAUGAUCUCAGAGCUACGUGGGGAUCCCGGCUACCUCCUUGGGCGAUUCGGAGCAGCCAUCACUGCCCUGAUGGACCUCAAUGGGGACGGGCUGACGGACGUGGCUGUGGGAGCCCCUCUGGAGGAGCAGGGGGCUGUGUACAUCUUCAAUGGGAAGCCCGGGGGGCUGAGCGCCUGGCCCAGUCAGCGGAUAGCGGGCACCCAGAUGUUCUCAGAAAUUCGAUGGUUUGGACGCUCCGUCCACGGGGUGAAGGACCUUGGAGGGGAUGGCCUGGCAGAUGUGGCGGUGGGGGCGGAGGGCCACGUGAUCGUGCUGAGCUCCCGGCCUGUGGUGGACAUCAACACGACCAUCGAGUUCUCCCCGGCCGAGAUCCCAAUGCACGAAGUCGAGUGCUCCUAUUCAACCAGCGACCAGAAGAAGGAAGGCGUUGACCUCACAGUCUGCUUCCAGGUCAAGUCUCUCAUCUCACAGUUCCAAGGGCCCCUGGUUGCCAACCUCACUUACACUCUGCAGCUGGAUGGGCAUCGGACCAGAAGCCGGGGCUUGUUCCCAGGAGGGACCCAUGAACUCAGCGGGAACACAGCUGUCACUUCAGACCAGUCCUGCAUCAGAUUCAAGUUCCACAUCCCGGUAUGCGUUCAAGACCUCAUCUCGCCCAUCAACGUCUCCCUAAAUUACUCUCUCUGGGAGGAAGAAGGGACAUCGAUGGACCAAAGGGCGCAGGACAGGGACAUCCAGCCAGUCCUGAGACCCUCAGCACACUCAGAAACCAGGGAGAUCCCUUUCGAGAAGAACUGCGGAGAGGACAAGAAAUGUGAGGCAGACCUGAGGGUGGCCUUCUCCCCUGAAAGCUCCAAAGUCCUGCGUCUGACCCCGUCCACCAGCCUCGCCGUGCGGCUGACACUGCAAAACGUGAAGGAAGACGCGUACUGGGUCCACCUCAGCCUGAGCUUCCCCUGGGGCCUCUCCUUCCGCAAAGUGGAGGUGCUCAAGCCUCACAGCCAGAUGCCUGUGAGCUGCGAGGAGCUUCUGGAGGAGACCAGUCUUCAGAGCAGAGCCGUCUCCUGCAACGUGAGCUCUCCCAUCUUCAAAGCAAACAGCUCGGUUGAUAUCCAGGUGAUGUUUGAUACGCUAUCCAACAGCUCCUGGGAGGACCUUGUCGAGCUGAAGGCUGAUGUGCGCUGCAACAACGAGGACACAGGCCACCUGAUUGACAACUGGGCUACCACCAGCAUCCCGGUCCUGUACCCCCUCAACAUCCUCACCAACGACCAGGAAAACUCCACGCUCUAUAUCAGUUUCACCCCCAAAGGUCCCAAGACCCACCAUGUCAAGCACAGCUACCAGGUGAAGAUCCAGCCUUCUGUCUAUGACCACAACAUACCUGCCCUGGAGGCCUUGGUUGGGAUACCACAGCCCCACCCCAAGGGGCCCAUCGCACACAAGUGGAGCGUCCAGAUGGAGCCUCCUGUCACCUGCCACCAGGAGGAGGUGGAGAGUCUGCCCAGUGUGGCUGAGCCGCUGUGUCAGCUUGGAGCCCAGUUCCGCUGCCCAGUUGUCUUCAAGCAGGAGAUCCUUGUCCAAGUGAUCGGGACGGUGGAGCUGGUGGGGGACAUCGAGGCCUCCUCCGUGUUCAGCCUCUGCAGCUCCCUUGCCAUCUCCUUCAACAGCAGCAAGCACUUCCACCUCUAUGGCAGCAACGCCUCCCUCGCCCAGGUCAACAUGAAGGUGGACAUCAUAUACGAGAAGGACAUGCUCUAUCUGUACGUGCUGAGCGGCAUCGGGGGACUGUUGCUGCUGCUGCUGAUUUUCUUAGCUCUGUACAAGGUUGGCUUCUUUAAACGGAACCUGAAGGAGCAGAUGGAAGCGACUGAAGAGGCUUCAAAUGACACCCCGGAAGAAGACUCUGGGAGGCCAGCAUCUGGGGAAGAGGCCAGGGAUCCGGGCUGCCUGGAACCUCUCCACAACGACAACACCCAGGACGCAGUGGGAGCGACUGAAGCCCAGGCCUGACUGCAGAGGGCCCAGGACUGGACUCAGCCUGCCUCUACCUGAAUUUCACUGUGUGUCCUCGGGCAAGGACACACAGUGCCACUUCCUAGGCCUCAGUUUCCCUGCUUGAACACGCACCCAUUCCUGCCUGCCUCCUUUGCAGGCUCGUGGCGAGGAUCCACCGAGGGAUGGGCCAGGAAGGCCACAGAGAUGAAGCCUUGUAACGAUCCAAUGGUCCCGGCUUCCACCGGCACCUCUCAGUUUUUGCCCCUGGAAGAGAACACUUGAUCUAAUUUUGGAUAAACUGUAACCUCAGAUCCAGCGACACUCUGGGCCCUCAUACCCCCCUGCCCUUGGAUGUCCCAGAGGCCUCAGACUCCUGGAGUCUUGCCCUGCAUUCUCUCCUGCCUGGAAUCCAGUCAGCUUUCAGUUCUGCCCAAGAGCAGAUCUCAUCCAUGUCACUACAUUGCUCCUGCAAGCCCCUUGCCCUCUGGCUAGCAACCAGAUUUCCUAAUAUGCCUCACCAAAUCUGCACAAUCGGGUCCCCGUUUCCUUCCUAGCGCUCCUUGAGCCAUCCCACCUGCCUCUCUCUCUCUCUCUCUCUCCCCCCCUCUCUCUUUGAUCCCUACCUGCGGCAUGUGGAAGUUCCUGGGCCAGAGAUCAAGCCCACACCGCAGCCGUGACAAUGCCUGACCCUUAACCCCCUGUGCCACCAGGGAACUCCCCACCUCCCCUUCUAAGCUCAUCACACCCGCCUUCCUCGUUCCUGGCUUACUGCCUUCACCCACCCUGCUUUCUCUGCCUGGUACAUUCCUCCUGCCUCCUUUUCCCAGCUGACUCUCUCUCAGCCUUCAGAUCUCAGCUCACACACAACUUCUGCAGGGCAGCACCCCCAGCCCCAACUCAGUUGGGUUCCCAGAUUCUAUGCACCUACACUAGCCUGUACUUGUCUGCAUAGCACCGAUCAUACUGUUCAUUGUUAAAUGAUUUACUUAAUAUCCAUCUCUGAACUUAAGCAGAGAACUCCAUGGAGGAAGUGGGGGAGGGGUCAUCCCCGUCUCGUUCACCUCGGGACCCCUCUCAAUAGCACAGAGGCGGACACAGGAGGUGCUUGACUCAGUUUCACUGAAUUAGGGUGCUGGAGGGAAGAUAGAGGAAAAAAUUGGGGUGGGACCCUAGCCACCCCAUCUGUCAAGGUGCCUGCCGCCUCAGCCCCCACGGGAACUUCAUCCCAUCCCACUGUGGCCCCCACUGUGAGACUGUGAGCUCAGGGAUGGGGAUUGUGCCCAUUCACCUGGUCCCCAUAUAUAUGUACAUAUGUACCACAUCGAUUCCAUUGUGUGAUGUUUGUUGCCAGCGCAGCAUUCCAGCCUGGCUCAAUUAAAUGAACUUUUGCUUCUCAA